GACGUCACCGCCCAAUGACAGCCGCCCCGCCCGAUGACGUCAGCAGCAUCCAACGGCAUCAGCCCCGCCCUAUGGCGUCAGCAGCCAAUGACGUCACCCCCUCCCAAUGACGUCAGCCCCUCCCGAUGACGUCAGCCCCUCCCAAUGACGUCACCACCCAAUGACGUCAGCCCCGCCCCGAUGACGUCAGCAGCAGCCAAUGGCAUCAGCCCCACCCGAUGACGUCAGCAGCCAUUGAUGGCCGCCCCCGCCCGAUGACGUCACCCCACCCGAUGACGUCAGCACCACCCGAUGACGUCAGCAGCAGCCAAUGGCAGCAGCCCCGCCCAAUGACGUCAUCCCGCCCAAUGACGUCAGCGCCGCCCGAUGCCGUCACCGCCCAAUGACGUCACCACCCGAUGACGUCAGCAGCAGCCAAUGACGUCACCCCGCGCCAUGACGUCACAGCGGCACUUCCGUUUAUUACAAGCGAUCGUUUGGCCCCAAAUCCGCCCCUCCCCCCCACACCUCCGCCCCACAGCGCCGCCGCAGCCAUUCAGUGGGGCAGGACACCACUUGUGGGGCAGAGACUCACUUAUGGGGCAGAUCCCACUUAUGGGGCAGAGACUCACUUGUGGGUCACUGUCACACUUAUGGGUCACUGUCACACUUAUGGGUCGCAGCUCCACUUGUGGGUCAGUCCGUGGGUCCGUCCGUGUCUUCCUUUAUGGGCCCACAUCCACUUGUGGGGCAGCGCUAUGGGGCAGAGCUUCACUUAUGGGGCACGGUCCCACUUGUGGGGCAGACCCCCACUUAUGGGGCAGGGCUCAACUUAUGGGUCAGUCCGUGUGGGUCGCGGCCCCACUUAUGGGUCGCAGCUCCACUUGUGGGUCGGAUCCCAGUUGUGGGGCAGAGCCGCACUUAUGGGACAGAGCUCCACUUGUGGGGCAGGGCUCAACUUAUGGGUCGCAGCUCCACUUGUGGGUCAGUGCGUGGGUCCAUCCAUGUCCUCCCGUGGGUCCACAUCCACUUGUGGGGCAGAGCUAUGGGGCAGAGCUUCACUUGUGGGUCAGAGCUCCACUUGUGGGUCAGAGCUCCACUUAUGGGUCAGUCCGUGGGUCCGUCCGUGUUUUCAUUUCUGGGCCCACAUCCACUUGUGGGGCAGAGCCACGGAGUGCAGCUAUGGGGCAGCGCUAUGGGGCAGGGUCCCACUUGUGGGGCAGGGCUUCACUUAUGGGUCAGAGCUUCACGUACUUCUGGGGCAGCGCCCCACUUAGGGGUCACGGUCCCACUUAUGGGUCAGUCUGUAUGGGGUGGCGCUGUGGGGCAGAGCCAUGGAGGGUCGCUAUGGGGCAGAGCCCCACUUAUGGGGCAGAGCGUCACUUAUGGGUCUGAGCCCCACUUGUGGGUCAGUCUUUGUGGGUUAAUGCCCUACUUAUGGGGCAGAGCCCCACUUAUGGGGCAGAUCCCACUUAUGGGUCACAGCCCCACUUGUGGGUCAGAGCCCCACUUAUGGGGCAGAGCCGC